AUGUCAAUUCUGGAGUUGGCAUUUCCUUAUAAGCAGGCAAUUGCAAGUCCAAUAGUCCUCAACAAACUUAUUCUCACGGAUGAGAAUGAUUCACAUAGGCUUGUGGCAGCGUUAUCUGAAAGAGAGGGUUUCCCUGGGAACAAAUACUGUAGCUCCAUUGUAAAGUUGCUAACUGCUACACAACAACCGACAAGUGAUUUAAUUACAUAUAUUCAAAAUCCUUCUAAUUCCGCUACCACUCCUUUAUUGUUGUCAGUUGCACCUAAUUUCAAUAAAUUUAAGUUGAACAUCUCCAUUAAAACGUCAAACUUACUAGAAUUCGAGACUAAAUCAUUAAUAAUAUUGAAAGCACUAGACGAUAACGACAAUACCGAAGCUCUAAAGAAAUCCUUGGAUGAAAAAAGUUCCUAUAAUUCAAACAGUACAGAGAUCUCUAGGUUACCAUAUUCUAAUUUUCCAAUAAGCAAAACAAGCGAGCAUGAGUUUCAAAAAAUAAUAGUGAAUGACUCAUUCAAUAGCUCUAUAUUCCAAGAUAAUGUGCUCAACGUAUCUCUAUGGGAGGUAGAUGAUAACGAUAUCCAUGAUUUGGGUGGUCAUAAACAUCUAUUUAGUUUUAAGUAUUGGGUAAAUGAAGUUACUGCUAGCCUAGAAUCCAAUGCAUCGCAUGAUGUAGAGAUUGAGCAUCCUUUACCUCCUUUGCCUACAGUGCUUCCACCAGUUCCCCCAAAACCCACUCAAGUACUUCCAGUACCAACUCCACUUGAAAUCCCCACUAAUGCCCCUCCGCUUGCAGACUCCAAUGGUCUAGACAAGCUAACUUUCUCUAAUAUAAGGAAUGCCUUUAACUUUAAUAUUGAAGACGGUCCCGAAUUUAGACAUACACUUCAAGGUUAUGAAAAGAAUAUCCCUCUCUUCAAAAGAAAUUGCUAUGCCUUAUUAGAAGAAUUGAGGAAAUUGGAUACUUCGCUUGACAGAAUAAAGCAAUCAAAAGUACGAAUACUUGAAUAUAUCGCUAAACUUACCGAGUUACAAGCUUUUAAACCAAUAUUGAAUGAAAUUCUCUUUGUCCAAGAUUUCAAAGUAAGAUUUCUUGCUAUAUUCGAUACCUUCGAAGUUGAUUUGAAGAACUUUUUAGUUAAUGUUUGUGACCACAAACUAUUGAUAAAAGUAUUUUCAAACCUUCCACUGGAUUCUAAUAGCUCGUCUACAUCUUCGGCUCCUGCUAGUACUACUUCUCCUGGUGACCUUGCAAAGAAACAAUUUGAAAGUAACUCCAAAGAAUACUAUAAUUGGCUAAAUAAGUACUUGUCUAACGAAAAGGAAAGACCAGAACUGAAAUUAUUAGUGAAGAGGAAGAGUUUUGAGUUAUCCAAACUAGAUUAUCUAAAUUUCCUUAAUCUAUCCACAAAUAAUCAAUAUUUCAACCAAUUGCUAGAAAACCUCUUCAAAUACUCGUCAAGAGACAAGCCAUUGGAUUUUAAGUAUGAAUUAUAUUUGAAUUUAUUAUCCAGGUUUAAUAGUGAAAAGCUAUUGCUUCGCCAGUCCAUUGAAGCAUGCCAAUCUAAUGAGGAACUAACCAAUAUUCUUAGAAAUAAUCUGCUCAACCACUCAAAUACACCUAACUCUCCCUCAAUGACUGAUAAGGAAUUGGUUACAUCGUUGUCCAAAAUUGAUUCUAUAUUUGCGAUAGAUGGUGACAAUGUGACCGCUGUUCCCAUUCGGAAGGAUGAUCAAAAUUCAGAAAUUGCUGGAAUAUUGUACACACUCGGUGGUCAGGGAAAACAAGGUUGGCACAAGGAAUGGGUAGUCUUGAGUAAAGGUAGGUUGAUUGAAUAUUCUGACUGGAGGAAGGGUAGACAACCGAUCAAUAAACCGAUUGAGAUUGCUUUAUCUAAUAUCAAACCAACAUCCUACGAGAAGCGGAAGAAUUGCUUUGAGAUUUUGACUUCUAGAGGAACUAAGCAUGUCUUCCAAGCAAUCAAUGAAGAAGAAAGGAAUAAUUGGAUUAAAGGUUUAUAUAAUGCGGGUCAGUUAGUUGACACUUCGAGAUUAAAAGACAAAACUAAUGGCCAAAGUACAGGGUCAUCCACAACAAAAUCAAAAAUUUUGCAUGCCCUCGACGCUAGUAACAUUAAAAAGACAAUUAUGAAUUCUGAUGCAGAUAAUAUCUCUCCAAUAUCUAUUAUUGCUAAUUCCCCAUUGUCUAAGAAUGAGAAUAUCGAUUACAUUCAGCUCGUCAGGACUGACAGUUCUAACGAAAAUAGUAUCUGCUCCGAUUGUGGACUGCUUGAAUCAGUAGAAUGGGUAUCAUUGAACUUUUUAACAGUAUUCUGUUUAAGAUGUUCUUCUGGACACAGAAACUUGGGGUCUCAUAUUUCAAGAAUCAAGUCAUUAAAGCUAGACAAUUUCAAAGACGAAAUCGAAUUUUUAUUAAAGCAUGUUAGUAACAAAAGAGCAAAUCGAUAUUUGGAAGAAAACUUGCACAAGUCUGAAAAGAUUUCUGCUAGCGCAUCCAACGAGAAGAGAAUGGAAUUUAUCAAAAAGAAGUACUUGGUGAAGAAAUAUGUUUCAAAAUACCUCACUCAAGAGGAACUCAAUGACAAUUUAGUGCUGAGCAUUCAAAAAAUUAACAUUCCUGAUACUGUAAAAUAUAUCGGAUGUGGAGCAGAUAUAGAUAUGAAAUUGUCGCUCAACUUGAACAAGAACGAUUUCAUUAAGAUAACUUUAUUAGAAUACUCCUUAAGAAAAUAUGUCGAAGUGAAUGAUACCCCACCGAAAAAGCUAUUCGUUAUAUCUGAGUUGUUAGUUAUAAAUGGAUGCAAAGUUGAUGGUCUAAAGGAAACUAACAAGGAGAUAAAAUUAACAGACGAAGCAAUCGAAUGGUGGAAACAGAGAUCGAGUAAACUUCUUGGUGUAUGA